ACGGCGGGGUGGACACCGUCGAUUGCUUCUCUUGUGGCAUCGCUGAGCUAAUCCUAAACCUACCCCUCCUCCUCUUUUCUUCCUUCCGGCAUGGCGGUGGAGAUUCUGAACCAUAAUCUGCUGGGAGCCAUCUGGCAGCCAUCAAGAUUUAAUGCUCUUGGAAGAAUGUCCCGAGGUCGGAAUUGUAGGCUGUGCACUAAUAACUGGUUUAGGGGCUCUCAAUUUCAGUUCGCUGUAAGAAAAUUGCUAGCAUCAUGCUGCCACUCUACUAUUGAGGCGAAACAGAAAAGCGAAAAUAAAUCUUUGAUCCAAUUUCUGAGGAAUAAGGAAAUCAUUCCCGAUUCAAAACCUCCAGACAUGAAAGAUUUAAAUCGUCUAUAUCAAUUUUUUGAUAGGAGUCGAAAGCUCAUGGUAUUGACUGGAGCAGGAUUAAGCACUGAAUCUGGAAUUCCCGAUUACAGAAGUCCAAAUGGCGCCUAUAGCUCUGGUUUUAAACCAAUUACUCAUCAGGAGUUUGUCCGCUCCAGUCAUGCCCGCAGGCGAUACUGGGCAAGGAGUUAUGCUGGAUGGAGAAGAGAAGGUUUAUUGCUGCACAAUAUUGCUGCACAUCCUAGUGAAGGUCAUAUUGCGCUAGCCACAUUGGAAAAAGUUGGUCGAGUCAAUUUCUUGGUCACCCAAAAUGUUGACAGGUUGCAUCAUCGCGCUGGCAGUGAACCUCUUGAGCUCCACGGUACUGUUUAUACUGUAGUGUGUUUAAAUUGUGGCACUUCUGUUGACCGAAAUUAUUUUCAAGAUCAAGUAAAGGCCCUCAACGCAAAGUGGGCUGCUGCUGUUGAAGGAUUGGAGGUUGGAGCUCCGGGUUCAGAUAAGAACUUUGGCAUGCAACAAAGGCCUGAUGGUGACAUUGAAAUUGAUGAGAAGUACUGGGAGCAGGAUUUUAUUAUUCCCGAUUGUCAUCAAUGUGGUGGAAUGCUAAAACCUGAUGUGGUGUUUUUUGGUGAUAAUGUCCCUAAAGACAGAGCUGACAAAGCAAUGGAAGCUGCAAAAUCAUCAGAUGCUUUUCUUGUGCUGGGUUCAUCACUAAUGACAAUGUCGGCUUUCAGGCUUGUAAGAGCUGCUUAUGAAGCAAAGGCUGAUGUUGCAAUCGUCAACAUCGGCGAAACCAGAGCUGAUGAUUUUGUUCCUUUAAAAAUCAAUGCCCGAGUAGGGGAGAUACUUCCCAGAUUACUUCAGAUGGGUUGCCUUAGCAUUCCCUGUAUCAGUUGAAGAACAAAAAGCAUUUUUCCUAAAGAGAUUCAGCGUCAAGAGGUCUGCUUUUCUAUGUUCCUUGUUUAUAUUAUGUAUAUUUCAUCAGAGCUUUCAUUUCUUAGAAAAAUUUCAUGUCAGAUAGUUACCAAGUGAAACAAAUGUGCAUCAGGGUGCUUGUGUCCUUUUGGGAAAUUUACAUAAGUAGGACACAGUUCUUAUGUAUUUACAUAUCUCCCAUCUAAACUUUCUGAAACUUUUAUAGUUACAUAUAUAUAACAUUUUGGCGCAUUAAAAUUAUGCAUGAAAAUAUG